AUGGAACAAACAUUAGUAAUAGAAGGACAAAAGGUUAGAAAUAUUAUAUUCCCAUUUGAUUUGGAUUCAAAAGGAGAUGAUGUAAAACCAAUAACAAAGACAAACAUUGAUGCUUUAACACCAAAAUCUGCAUUCAUAUUAGAUAAUGUUCUAUCACCAACAGAGUGCAAAUAUAUUAUUGAUAGAGGAGAAGAGAUGGGAUUUGAUGAAUUGGCACAUUAUAUAAAAAAGUAUCGUAAUAAUUCGAGAGUAUUGGUAAAGAGCUAUUCGCUGAGUUCAUUGAUAUUUGAAAGAAUCAAACAAUUUCUACCAUCGGAAUUGGAUAUUUCAGAUUCAACACCUUACUUGGAUGAUGGUAGAAGAGCUAGAAAACAUUUGCAUGGAAAGUGGAAACUCAAUCAAGUCAAUGAAUUGUGGAGAUUGUGUAAAUACCAAGAUGGAGGUGCAUUUGCAAGUCACUAUGAUGGAUUCUACGAGAGAGAUGCAGAUAAUAGAUCAUAUCUCACCUUUAUGAUUUAUCUAUCAGGUGGUAUUGCAGGUGGAUGUACAAGAUUUUUAGAUCCAAAAGAUGACAAGACCGUAUUGGCAUCGGUAGAACCAAAAGAAGGAAGAAUACUUGUCUUUACACACAACAUUUGGCAUGACGGUGAAACAGUACUACCUGGUGGCAAUCAAAAGUACAUCAUGCGUACCGAUGUAAUGUAUACUAGAGUAAACCCAAGUAGCUCAAAGGAAAUGUUGGAAAAUGAGCGAUUGGCAAGAGAACUAGCAAGAGAAGCAGGUGAAAUGGAGAAAACUGAUCCAAACAUUGCCGUAUCUCUUUAUAAAAGAGCUUUUAAAUUAUUCCCUGAUUUAGAAAGUGAAUUUUAA